GCCGCCGUAAGUCUCAGUGUGGGUCCGUUGGCGAGCGCGCGCGACAAGUUCAAAUGAUGCGCACAUCUUGCGCGAAAUUCUAAAUUCGAAUUUUUAUAUUACUUUUUAAUUUUAUAAUCUAUGCGUGAUUAAAAACAUCAGCAUGGUGAAGUGCUUCGUUUUGUUGCUGGUCGUUGCAACUUUCACUAGUUCAGAGGCGGGCGAUUCCUUGCGACAGUCUCGGGGAAUAUUUUCCAAAAACUUCUUCGGAGGAGUAUGGGGGAACCGACCACCGCUGUUGGAGGCGAACCAGCUCAGAACUACAUGUACCUGCAAAUGCGGUGAAAGAAACGAAGUUUCACGUAUCGUUGGUGGUACCGAGGCGAGCAUCAACGAAUUCCCGUGGAUGGCAAAACUGACGUACUUCAAACGCUUUUACUGUGGUGGCAUGUUGAUCAACGAUCGAUAUGUUCUCACUGCUGCUCACUGUGUUAAGGGGUUCAUGUGGUUUAUGAUAAAAGUGACAUUUGGGGAACAUAAUCGCUGCAAUACGACUAUACGUCCAGAGACAAGAUUUGUCAUCCGUGUGAUCGCAAACAAGUUCAGUCUAACCAACUUCGACAAUGAUAUAGCGUUACUUCGCCUUAACGAAAGGGUUCCUAUGUCCGCUACUAUUAAGCCGAUUUGCUUGCCGACUAAUCCAGAUAACUUAUACGUGGGAGUUAAAGCAGUAGCCUCUGGUUGGGGAACUCUCACUGAGGAGGGCAAGGUGUCAUGUACUCUGCAAGAAGUGGAAGUUCCUGUGAUAAGUAACCAGGAUUGCAAGAAUACCAAGUACACUUCCAGUAUGAUAACAGAUAAUAUGCUGUGUGCUGGAUACCCUAGAACUGGGCAAAAGGAUUCCUGUCAGGGAGACAGCGGUGGACCUCUCAUCACAGAAAGGAAGAAUGACAAACGCUACGAGCUUAUAGGUGUCGUAUCUUGGGGUAAUGGCUGUGCUAGGGUUGGCUAUCCAGGAGUAUACACCAGAGUCACCAACUACUUGGACUGGAUUAAAGAAAACACAAAAGAUGGCUGCUAUUGCUCCGAAAUUAGCAUUGUGUGUAACUCGAAUGGUGCAAUGAUGUGGUUGAGUGCUUUCUUAGUUUUGUGUGCACUUGUCAGUAGCGGAAAAACGUUUAGUAAGGAGGCCUUUAGAGUUAACGAUGAUACGAAAAUCUAUGAUCGACUAGCUGAAAAACAGCUUCCGCCAUGCAAGGAUUGCAGUUGUGGAGAACGAAAUGAAGAGCCGCGCGUGGUUGGAGGUACUGGAUCCAGCGUGAAUGCCUUCCCUUGGAUAGCCCGACUUAUUUACCACAAUUCCUUUGGCUGCGGAGCGUCUCUUAUCAAUGAUAGAUAUGUGGUAUCAGCUGCACAUUGUGUGAAGGGCUUUAUGUGGUUCUUGUUCCGGGUCAAGUUCGGCGAGCACAACAGAUGUAAUAUAAAAACAAUGCCUGAAAUGCGAUACGUCGUUAAGAUAAUUGCUCACAACUUCACACUUACCGAACUGUCGAAUGAUAUAACUCUGCUGAGGUUGAGUGAGCCUGUGGAGUACACGCACGCUAUCAGGCCUGUCUGCAUACCGCCUAUGGAAAGCAAAUCGGAGACAUACACUGGUACACAAGCAACAGUUGCUGGAUGGGGAGCGAUGGGAGAAACAGGCAAUUGGUCUUGCUCACUUCUUGAAGCACAACUGCCUGUCCUCAGCAAUGAGGAAUGCAAGAGUACCAGCUACAAUAAGACGAAGAUUAAGGACGUUAUGAUGUGUGCUGGUUUUCCAGCUACUGCUCAUAAGGAUGCCUGUACAGGCGAUAGCGGAGGGCCGUUGAUUGCAGAAAAUAAAGAUCACGCAUAUGAACUUAUCGGUAUUGUAUCAUGGGGGUAUGGCUGCGCCCGAAAAGGCUUUCCCGGAGUUUAUACAAGAGUGACGCAUUAUUUGGACUGGAUUAAAGACAAUACUGACGACGCCUGUUACUGCGACUAUUGAUUAAAAUAAAAAAAAAUGCAGUCAAGAUUUUAGGAGUUAUAAAUUAAACCUCGCUUAAUUGCACAUUGCAAAAGUGCAUCACUAAUAAAAUGUGAAUACAU